AUGUCAGAUGAAAAUUUUCUAGAACCUGAUGGUAAAGAUGAUGAUGAAUCUGAAAGCUUAUCAGCGGAUCGACAGAGCAAUAUACACCCACCUUCAAUAGCUAAUGAUGAACAAGCUGAGAUGGAAGAAACAGAAUCUAGCCUUUCGGGGAAGAAAACUGUUUCGUUGCCCAUUCCAGGAUGCAAACGUGGUGAGGAAGAUUACGACUGCGUUAUUGUCGGAGAAAUUAAUAAAGAGCAAUUCCCACCAGAAGAAUAUGAAGUAGCAGAAAAAGUGCCAGAAGUAGAUAACAAGCCAUUUACAAAACUUGAAAACAGUCUGGAGCUAACAAAAAGUAACUCUCUUUUGGACCAAAUGCAUAGUGCCACCCAACAUGAAUCUCCCUUACCAAUCGAAUCUCCGUUACCAGCAGAGGCUACAAGAAAGACCAUACCUAUUGCAGAAACCAUUCCUUAUGAACCAGACAAUUUAGAAGUGCAAGAAAGUAAAAUAGUAGUUCGAAAAGAUUCGAUCCAAUUAACUCAUGACAGAUCGGAGAUAAACUGGCUCGGCAGCAGAAAGUUUUCAGAACUGCAGAAAGACAAGCAAUGUUAUGAGCAGUUAGAAGAAAAAGUUGCAGACCAGUGUGGGAAAAGAGAAAGACAUCAAUCGAUUAGCGGCAGCAUGGCAACAAACGCGAACAAAUUAGUAAAGAAGAUAUCUUUUUCUGCGAAGACUUGCAGAUGUACUAAUCCGAGAUGCGACUGUUACAAUGUAAUUUCAUCAGGAAAUUCAAAUGAAUACAUAGAAUCCAAAACAGCAGUAACGGACCUUGAAGACGAAACAACUUACAUAGGAGGAUCUAUUAGUAGGGAAGUCUCUAAAGAACGUAUGCUGGAUCACGAAAAUGGUAUGAAAGUAAUUUGGUCAACAAAGCCAGGCAAAGAUGAGAAGUCCAUUUUGAUCGAUGAUUCUGCUUCCUUAGCAGCUAGUCAAUUUUUAGAAUACACUACUGCCAUUUAACAACUCAAAGAAAAAUUCAAAAUAAAAGCUUCAUGAAC